CUGUCUUCUAUGCACGCGCUCAUGGCAGCUGUGAGAGCCCUCUCGCCUCCCCAAGGCUUCGCUGUCUACCUCGGUGGGCUCUGUAUUGUAUACUCGCACCUCGUCAGCGCGCACGGUCCCACCUCAACGCCCACGGCCGCGCCUUUAGUGUAUUCUAACCCCCACGUCACCUUCGACCGUCUCUCCCACCCGCCAGCGACGCCCUUCCCACCCCUCCAGAUACCCUUCCCCCUCGCCCAGAUCCGCCGAAUCUGAGGAAGCGAGCGAUCAGCAAUGUUGACGGCGUGACGUAUGCGUCAGCGGGCCUCGCGAUCUUGUGCGUGCGGCC